CCACAGGGUGGAAGAAUAACCUGAAAACUCUGUUCUACUUUCUGCGCAGCUAAAAGGGACAGUUUGACAUUAGACCGCAUGUUAAUUUCAGUUCCACAAAUUUCAUUGUUCAGAAAUAUUUUAUAAUUAUUAUGAUUUACCAACUCAAGAGUAACUUGUACUACAGGAGAAUAUUUGCAUAGUUGGAAAAUUGAUAUUUAUAUUAGAAAUAUUCGAGUCCUGAAAUAUUCCUAGUUGUCUGUGACUCUAGAUAAUCUGGAAAUUUUAUCAAAAGAAGAGAAGAAAUUAAGGUAUGGAAAAGAGCAGGGUUCUUGUUGUUGGGGGAACUGGGUAUAUUGGUAGGAGAAUUGUGAAAGCGAGCUUGGCGCAUGGCCACAUCACCUAUGUCCUUCAACGCCAUGAAAUAGGGCUUGACAUUGAGAAGCUGCAACUCCUAUUGUCGUUUAAGAAGCAAGGAGCUCACCUCGUACAAGGAUCCUUUUCUGAUCAUAAAAGCCUUGUUGAAGCUGUGAAAUUGGUUGAUGUCGUCAUCUGUACCAUGUCUGGUGUUCAUUUCCGAAGCCACAACCUUCUCAUGCAGCUUAAACUUGUUGAGGCCAUCAAAGAAGCAGGAAAUAUUAAGCGUUUCUUGCCAUCAGAAUUUGGUAUGGAUCCAGCCCUGAUGGGAGACGCGUUAGAACCAGGAAGAGAGACAUUUGAUCAGAAAAUGAUAGUGAGGAAAGCAAUAGAAGAAGCUAACAUACCCUUCACUUACGUCUCUGCUAACUGCUUCGCCGGUUACUUCGUCGGCAAUCUGUCACAGCUUGAAAGGCUUACUCCUCCGACAGACAAAGUAUGUAUUUUCGGGGACGGAAACGUCAAGGUGGUAUUUAUGGAUGAAGAUGACGUUGCAACAUACACCAUCAAAGCAAUAGAUGAUCCUCGAACUCUGAACAAGACGUUAUAUCUAAAGCCACCGGAAAACAUCCUCACGCAAAGACAAAUAGUUGAGAUGUGGGAGAAGCUGUCUGGGAAGACCCUGGAAAAAACAAGCGUCUCUGCCCCAGAAUUCCUGGCCUGCAUGAAAGAUGCGGAUCAUGCAGCCCGAGCAGGAAUAGGGCAUUUCUAUCAUAUAUUCUAUGAAGGUUGCUUGACAAACUUUGAGAUAGGAAAAGAUGGAGCAGAAGCUUCAAAUCUUUAUCCAGAAGUCGAGUAUACACGCAUGGAUGAGUAUUUGAAAGCAUAUAUUUAAUGGAUGAUGACUCUACCUGCCAAGAAUUGACAAUUCUCAGUGAUAAUCUCGUAUCCCAUAUUCUAAUAGCUUUGGGAACAAUAAUGAUGUAACAAAUAUAUAUUUGAUUAUCUUCCUCUUCACAUUGUUUGUAUUACCUUGAUUGGAAGAUGAUAAUCUUGUUUUUUUUAUAUCAAAAGGAAAAAUUAUUAUUAUUUUGAAUAUAUUUAAAUUUUUUUA